UAUAUCAAAUUAUAUAUUUUGUCACAAUACAUUAACCAUAUGUUAUAAAAUUUUUUAAUUUGUAGAUAUUUUUCUAUAAUGGGGAAAUGCCAUAUAAAUUUUCCUAUAAAUCUUGUUGAAAAAAUUGAUAAACUCUGUGACAAUCUUUUAAAUUUAUGCAUUGAAAAUAAACAUGAUCCCACAUUUCAAUGGCAUUUUAAACAAUUACAGAAAAUUUAUUGUAUAAUUUCACAGUUAAUGAAUUUACAAGAAAAAUAUAAACUAAACUUUAAUAACAGGAAUGAAUAUUUGUCCAAAUUUAUUUUAUGGCUCAAAUUAAAUAAUUUGAAAAAUCUUGAAAAAUUUGAAAUAAAAAUGUGUGAAAAUAAAGGAUUAGGAAUAUAUUCAACAAAUUUAAUAAGAACAAAUCAAACAUUGACUAGAAUAAAUAAAAAUAUUAUAUUAGACAGUUCUUCUGAUCAUGAUUUGUCACUCAAAUCAAUUAUACAGAAUGACUUAUUACUUCAGAAAAUGCAAAAUGUCUCAUUAUCUUUGCUAUUACUAGAAGAAAUGCAUAAAAAAGAUUCAUUUUGGAAACCUUAUUUAGAUAUCUUACCACAGACGUUUAACACCCCCUUGUAUUUUAGUGAGAAUGAUUUUGAGAUCGCGAAAUCGAGUUUGUCAUUUGAUUUCAUAUAUAAUCACGUUUGCAGCAUUUCAAGGCAAUAUGUUUACAUAUAUAGAUUACUUAAAAAAUUAUCUCAAAACAAAUCGUCUCAAAACUUUAUAUUUUACGACCAUUUUACUUAUGAAGAUUACAGGUGGGCAGUAUCGUGUGUAAGCACUAGACAAAACCGCAUUGUCAAAAAGAACGAUUUCGCUAAAGAGGAAUCGAUACUGGCACUUAUUCCAUUCAUGGAUAUGUUUAAUCAUGAUGGAAAUCUUCCCAUGUCAAUUGAUUAUGAUAUCGAAAAUCAAGAUGUUAUUAUAUACGCCCCAAAAAUUUAUCAUAUUGACCAGCAAAUAUGUAUGAAUUAUGGCAACCGAUCUUCCGCACAAUAUUUGAUACAUAACGGGUUUAUACCCGACGAAAUAAAUCGCUUUGAUGAAAUAUCCUUAAAAUUUGGAUUGAAUUCAAAUGAUCCAACAUUAUUGAUUAAGAAUACAUAUCUUAAAGAAUUGAAUGAUGAAAAUAUAAUAAACGAUGCUUCCAAUGUUUUUAUAUCUUCCGACAAUUAUUCUACGUUGAUUUUAACCUUAAAUCUAGAAAAAUUUCCUUUACAAUUAACGGCUUUCAAUAUGUUAAGAAUUAUUUGUAUGACCUUAGAUGACAUUCGUAAAUUGGAGAUGUAUAGCAAUGACAAAAAGAUAAAUAAUAUUAUAUUUGAAUCCUUUGAAUUGCGUGAAAAUGAAAUUAAAUCAUGGAAGCAUUUAUUAAUUAGAACAAAACUUCUCUCUAACAGGCAUACUACUAUCUUGCAACAAUCGUCUCAUGAGAUCUCGUAUGAUUCGCACAAAUUAAUUAACAUAUUAAUCAACAGAGAAUUACAGGUUUUAUCUCAUGUCAUAUCUUUUAUUGAUGAAAAGCUAGAAUCCUUUGCUGCAUAAAAUUUGAAUAUAUUAUAUAAAUGCAUUUGUUUACACUUAUCGAAGCAUAUUAGCUUAAAAAAAUGUUAGCAAUAUUAUUAAAAUGUACUUGUGUAUAUUUAUCUUUUUUUUUAAUUAUUGUAAAAUGAACAAUUUGAUAUUAGUUAUUACCGCGUUAGUUAUUUAUAUUUCUAGAAAUAUUUAAUUUAAAGACCAUAUUAAUUUGAGAUUUUUAAAAAAUUUCGAAAAAAGAUCCAGUGGAUGAUAGCUUUUAAAUUUUAUUCAACCCAAUAAAUUGGUUCUUACAAGCUUAGAAUUGAUUUUAAGAAUAACUAAACUGUUUAACGUUUAGGAUUUAUUACAUCACAAUGUCUUACCUCUCUAAUAAUCUCUACGCCUUUCUCUAUUCAAAAUAUGACAGAUAUAUUAUAUUACAAACGCUCCCCAUUAUAGUUAUUAAAGUGAAUUUCAA